GUAUUAAAUUAACCCCAAAUGGCACACUCUCUCUCCAUCCUCGAACGCGAAUCGAUUUUCACUCCCAAUUUUCCGCAAAAAUUACUGUCCAAUUUUCCGCCUUUGAUUAAUUAGCUCGCAGAAUCAAUCCCAACAUAUAUAGAGUUCAACGAGUUUUUACAAUUACAUGUGCGUAUAUACUAUACAUAUACACACAUAAUUGUAAGAAACCAAGAAUUUUUGUGGGUUGUUGAGACCUCCCGGUGCGAAAUCAAGGGCUCGUCUUUUCUCUCACAGCUCCAUUUUCUCUCUCUAGAAUAAUACUUGAAGAAAGGUUUAUUUUUAUGUCCGCGUUUGGUUUAAUUUACGAAUCUUCAAUUUGAUCUGUUGGUUGAGAGGUUUCUCUAUGAAUUUUGUGUUGUUCGUGAGAUGUAUUGCUUUUGAAUUACAGCAAAAUUUGGGAAUUUUGGGUUUUUCUUGUUCAUUUGACGGUUGUCGAAUUUAGGUGAUCUGAGAACCCUUGAUCUUGAUUUGGAUUUUUUGGGUUUUUUUGUGGUGGAAUUCAGUGGAUUUUUUUUUGCUGGAUCUGAGCGUUGUGAGCUCGAAUAAUAUAAAAUUUUGAUUUAUUUUUUGGGUGAAAUUUUUGGGAUUUUGCGGAUUAGGGUUAGGGUUCGAGAAGAUGGCUUCGAAUCCUCCUCCAUUCCAGGUGGAGGAUAACACUGAUGAGGAUUUCUUUGACAAAUUGGUAGAUGACGAAGAUGAUGUGGACUUCAAGGUUGUUAACACCUCAUCGGUAGUGGUAGGCCCCUAUUCAGCCGACGGGAACGAAUCCGAUGAGGCUAAGGCCUUUGCAAAUCUGAGUAUCACUCAGCUUGAUAAUAAUCGUGAGUCCACUGAUGCUAAUGACGAAGCUGAUAAUAGCAUUAGUUCUGGGGUUGAUGGUUUAAGCAGGAAGUCGGAGAAAGUUGAGAAAAUGGUAGUGGGGAAUGUGGAAGAGAGUAUAAGUACAUUAGAGUCAGCAAAGUCAUUUGAGUUUGAUCGUUUGAUACACAAAUCAGAGAAUGGAAAUGGAGAGGCUGAGGUAUUGUCCAAUACCGAGGUCAUGAGUAAGAAUGAUGGUGGAGUGGGGCCUUCUGGAGUUAAAGAGAUGGAUUGGAGUGCAUUUCAUGCUGAUUUGGCUCAGAAUAAUAGUCAAGGGUUUGGAUCCUAUUCAGAUUUUUUCACUGAGUUAGGAGGGGAUAUUGCUGCUGAUGCAUUUGGAAAUGUGGGGAAUAGUUCACAAUUUGAGUCCAAGGUUGCUUCUGGGAAUGAAGCAUAUGGAUCUGCACAUGUGGAGAAUUCAACUAACUACUUGCGAAAUCAAGAAGGAUAUAAUUAUGGUACAGCUUCAGAUCAGUGUACAACUGCAGACCAGAGUACAGCCGGGCAGGAUAUGAAUAGCAGUCAGUAUUGGGAGAAUCUAUAUCCUGGUUGGAAGUAUGAUCAAAAUACUGGUCAGUGGUAUGAGGUGGAUGGUUACGAUGCAGGUGCGAGCAUGCAAGCAAAUGUUGACACUAAUAUGCCUUCUGAUGGGGGGCAAUCUCACGGUAAGGCAGAUGUCUCUUACUUGCAGCAAUCUGCUCAGUCGAUCACUGAGACUGUAGCUGAGACUGCUACAAUGGAGACGUUUACUAACUGGAAUCCGGUAUCACAGGUGAGUGAUAUUACGGAAGGCACAGACAAUUGGAAUCAAGUUUCACAAGUGAAUAACGGUGCUCCUGAAGCUGCGUCUGAUUGGAAUCAGGCUUCUCAAGCAAACAAUGGGUAUCCACAGCAUAUGGUGUUUUAUCCUCAAUACCCUGGUUGGUAUUAUGAUACUAUUGCCCAGGAUUGGCGCAGUUUGGAUUCGUAUGCUCCAUCUGCUCUUGAAAGUGAUGUUCCAGAAUCUGCAGUUGCCAAACUCUUUGCAUCUGCUAAGAAGAAUGGUGCACAAUUUAGUCAAUAUGGUGCUGUUUCCCACUGCUUGCAGCAUUUGCCUUCUGAAGGACAACUGCGGGCCUCAGCUGCUGAAGUUCAAAGUCUUCUGGUUUCUGGGAGAAAGAAAGAGGCUUUACAAUAUGCACAAGAGGGUCAAUUGUGGGGUCCUGCCCUAGUUCUUGCUGCACAACUUGGUGAUCAGUUCUACGUUGAAACUGUGAAGCAAAUGGCACUUCGCCAGUUGGUUGCUGGGUCACCUUUGCGAACAUUAUGCCUGCUAAUUGCUGGUCAACCAGCUGAUGUCUUCUCAGCAGAUUCAACUGCUGAUAGUAGUAUGGCUGGUGCUGUAAAUAUGCCUCACACUGAUGCUAAUGACGAAGCUGAUAAUAGCAUUAGUUCUGGGGUUGAUGGUUUAAGCAGGAAGUCGGAGAAAGUUGAGAAAAUGGUAGUGGGGAAUGUGGAAGAGAGUAUAAGUACAUUAGAGUCAGCAAAGUCAUUUGAGUUUGAUCGUUUGAUACACAAAUCAGAGAAUGGAAAUGGAGAGGCUGAGGUAUUGUCCAAUACCGAGGUCAUGAGUAAGAAUGAUGGUGGAGUGGGGCCUUCUGGAGUUAAAGAGAUGGAUUGGAGUGCAUUUCAUGCUGAUUUGGCUCAGAAUAAUAGUCAAGGGUUUGGAUCCUAUUCAGAUUUUUUCACUGAGUUAGGAGGGGAUAUUGCUGCUGAUGCAUUUGGAAAUGUGGGGAAUAGUUCACAAUUUGAGUCCAAGGUUGCUUCUGGGAAUGAAGCAUAUGGAUCUGCACAUGUGGAGAAUUCAACUAACUACUUGCGAAAUCAAGAAGGAUAUAAUUAUGGUACAGCUUCAGAUCAGUGUACAACUGCAGACCAGAGUACAGCCGGGCAGGAUAUGAAUAGCAGUCAGUAUUGGGAGAAUCUAUAUCCUGGUUGGAAGUAUGAUCAAAAUACUGGUCAGUGGUAUGAGGUGGAUGGUUACGAUGCAGGUGCGAGCAUGCAAGCAAAUGUUGACACUAAUAUGCCUUCUGAUGGGGGGCAAUCUCACGGUAAGGCAGAUGUCUCUUACUUGCAGCAAUCUGCUCAGUCGAUCACUGAGACUGUAGCUGAGACUGCUACAAUGGAGACGUUUACUAACUGGAAUCCGGUAUCACAGGUGAGUGAUAUUACGGAAGGCACAGACAAUUGGAAUCAAGUUUCACAAGUGAAUAACGGUGCUCCUGAAGCUGCGUCUGAUUGGAAUCAGGCUUCUCAAGCAAACAAUGGGUAUCCACAGCAUAUGGUGUUUUAUCCUCAAUACCCUGGUUGGUAUUAUGAUACUAUUGCCCAGGAUUGGCGCAGUUUGGAUUCGUAUGCUCCAUCUGUUCAGUCUGCUCAAGCUCUAGACCAGGUGAAUCAGAAUGGAUCUCAUAAUAAUAAUCAGAAGGCAUACAGUGGAUACAAUCAAGUUAAUAACUAUGAAUCCCAGGGUUUUAGCAGCCAAGGCCAAGAUCACAACUGGGGUGGGUCCUUCAGUGAUUACAAUAAACAGAAAUCAGCCAUGUGGCAACCUGAAACCGUUGCCAAGAGUGACUCUACUUCACAAUAUAAUAGGAACCAACAAUUGGAGACUCAGCAUAGGCAGGACUUCAUCACGAGCAGUCACGGUAGCCAACAAACUGUUGAGUUUGAGAGAGCAAGUUCAUAUUUUGGGAAUGCAAGUCAAAAUCAGAAUGACUUCUCUACGAGUGCUGUGUCACAAGGUUUUGUUCCUGGUGGGAACUUUAGCGAGCAGUUUAACGAGCCGAGAAACAAUCAAAAUGAGCACAAGCAUGCCUUAAAUGCCUACUAUGGCAAUCAGAGUUCUCUUAACUUUUCACAGCAACAGUUGCAGAGUGCCCAUCAAUUCUCGUCUGCUCCUGCUGCUGGAAGAUCAUCUGCAGGCCGUCCUUCACAUGCUUUGGUCACUUUUGGUUUUGGUGGAAAGCUCAUUGUGAUGAAAGAUAAUAGCUCUAUAGAGAGUUCAACAUUUGGAAGUCAGAAUCCUGUAGGAAGUUCAAUAUCUGUUCUCAACUUAGCAGAAGUUGUCAAUGAGAAAGUUGAUGCUUCAAGCAUUGGAGUGGGUGGUAGUAAUUAUUUGCAGGUUCUCUGUAGACAAUCCUUCCCUGGUCCUCUUACCAGUGGAAGUGUUGGUGUUAAGGAGUUGAACAGAUGGAUUGAUGAGAGGAUAAUGAACUCUGAGUCUCCUGAUACGGAUUACAGGAAGGGCGAAGUUUUGAGGUUGCUUCUGUCAUUGCUUAAGAUAGCCUGUCAGUAUUAUGGAAAACUUAGAUCUCCUUACGGUAGUGAUGCAGCAUUGAAGGAAAGUGAUGUUCCAGAAUCUGCAGUUGCCAAACUCUUUGCAUCUGCUAAGAAGAAUGGUGCACAAUUUAGUCAAUAUGGUGCUGUUUCCCACUGCUUGCAGCAUUUGCCUUCUGAAGGACAACUGCGGGCCUCAGCUGCUGAAGUUCAAAGUCUUCUGGUUUCUGGGAGAAAGAAAGAGGCUUUACAAUAUGCACAAGAGGGUCAAUUGUGGGGUCCUGCCCUAGUUCUUGCUGCACAACUUGGUGAUCAGUUCUACGUUGAAACUGUGAAGCAAAUGGCACUUCGCCAGUUGGUUGCUGGGUCACCUUUGCGAACAUUAUGCCUGCUAAUUGCUGGUCAACCAGCUGAUGUCUUCUCAGCAGAUUCAACUGCUGAUAGUAGUAUGGCUGGUGCUGUAAAUAUGCCUCAUCAACCUGCUCAGUUUGGUGCCAAAGGCAUGCUGGAUGACUGGGAAGAAAAUUUGGCUGUGAUAACUGCUAACAGAACAAAAGAUGAUGAACUUGUGCUUAUUCAUCUGGGAGAUUGUUUAUGGAAAGAGAGAAGUGAUAUUAUAGCAGCUCACAUAUGCUAUUUGGUUGCGGAAGCGAAUUUUGAGGCAUAUUCAGACAGCGCAAGGUUGUGUCUUGUUGGUGCAGAUCAUUGGAAAUUUCCACGAACUUAUGUUAGUCCAGAAGCUAUUCAGAGGACAGAGAUAUAUGAAUAUUCAAAGAUGCUAGGGAACUCUCAGUUUACUCUUCUUCCAUUUCAGCCAUACAAGCUUGUGUAUGCGCAUAUGUUGGCAGAAGUUGGGAGAAUGUCAGAUGCAUUGAAGUAUUGUCAAGCAGUGUUAAAAUCACUUAAAACUGGUCGAUCUCUGGAGGUGGAAUCUCUCAGACAAUUAAUAUCAUCUCUUGAGGAAAGGAUAAAAGCUCACCAACAGGGUGGAUUCUCCACAAAUUUAGCCCCUGCAAAAUUGGUGGGUAAAUUGCUUAACCUUUUCGAUAGUACUGCCCAUCGGGUGGUUGGUGGCCUGCCCCCGUCUGUGCCGACAGCAGGCGGGACUGGAUAUGGUACUGAGUAUUAUCAUCAAUCAAUGGGGCCUAGGGUAUCGACUAGUCAAUCAACAAUGGCCAUGUCAUCAUUAAUUCCUUCCCAAUCAAUGGAGUCUAUAAGUGAAGGGGCAGCUGAUGGCAGUAGAAUGACAAUGCAUACAAGAAGUAUUUCAGAACCCAACUUCGGAUUUAGUCCAAUACAGGGUCAGGCUGAUUUAGUAAAGGGGGCUAAUUCCACUGGCGAGCACGGUAAAGCAUCAUCAGCAGGAAGUACAUCUCGUUUUGGCCGUUUUGGUUUUGGAUCCCAGCUAUUGCAAAAGACUGUAGGUUUGGUGUUAAAACCUCGUCAAGGUCGCCAGGCAAAGUUGGGUGAUCAAAACAAGUUUUAUUAUGAUGAGAAACUUAAGAGAUGGGUGGAGGAAGGUGCUGAACCUCCAGCUCAGGAAGCUGCCCUUCCACCCCCACCACCAACUUCAGUUUUCCAGAAUGGAACAUCGGAUUAUAACUUAACAAGUGCAUUACAUGGUGAAGCUUCUCAUGGCAAUGGAAGUACAGAGAUUAAAAGCUCAGGUGGUCCAGAUCAUAAUUCAGGAAUGCCACCGCUUCCUCCAACCUCCAAUCAAUUCUCAGCACGCGGGAGAAUGGGUGUUCGAUCAAGGUACGUUGACACCUUUAACAAGGGUGGUGGCAACCCAACGAAUUUGUUCCAGUCACCGUCUGUUCCUUCCACUAAACCUGCAAGCGGAGCAAACCCAAAAUUCUUUAUGCCAACACCUGUACCCUUUGUUGAACAGUCCAUUAACACCCCCGCAAAUAACAUGCUGGAUACUACAUCUACUAAUGAAAGUCCUUCUACAUCCUCUACAAAUGAUUCAUUCCAGUCUCGUGCACUUCCAUCUUCCAUGGCCAUGCAAAAAUAUGCAAGCAUGGACAACAUCUCUAACACGGAGAUGAAGAGUGGCAAUGGCUCGUUUUCAGCUAAUUCACGGCGUACAGCAUCAUGGAGUGGAAGCUUUGACGGUUCUUUCAGUUCUUCAAACAAGGCUGAAGUAAAACCUUUGGGAGAGGUAUUGGGUAUGUACCCUUCAUCGAUCAUGCCAAGUAACUCUUCUUUAGCGCAACCGGGAAUUAAUGGGCCCGGUUAUGGGGACGACCUUCAUGAAGUGGAACUCUGAUGCAUUGAAUGUAUAUAGUAAAUUUUGCCUCUCUAAUCUUGCCAUGCUGGGUGCAAUGCUGCUAAAGAUAUAUCCCGAAUUUUCGCACCAGGUGCAUUUUGUUCGAAGGAGAGUGGGAAGUUUUUCCAUUUUCUGUUUUAAUCUUUUCUUUUUAUUUUGUCAAUUGUUGGCUCCUCAUUCUCUAUAAUUAUCUACACACUGUAUGUUAAAAAUCAGUUGUUACCUAGCUGUAUGAUGUACUUAUAGAGAUAGGUUUCACUGGUCUCCACAAAGUUAAUGCCGUUCUUUUCUCAUAAUAUUGGCAUAUUGCAAAGAAAUAGUUCAAACUGUACAGUUCAUUUGUUCAUUUAUUGAGGAAAGGAAUGUAACUUCUGAAUGAAUUCAAGAGAGUGGACAAUGUAUCAAGUUGAAAGAUAAAAGACGACGUGCUUCCUUUUUA